GUCCCUACCCAAGAUUCAAAACACAUGGUUCAUUAAAAUACAACCUUAAACAGAAUAUAUUAUGCAUGUAACAUACUGCUUGCACCAGCUCUUUCUCUCUCUCCCUCUCUCUUUCACAGCCUGUCCAUCUUGAAUUAUUAACACACCCAUAAUUCAUCCUAAAAGCAUUGUCGUUUUCUCAAACAAAUCUCAUCCUUUUACCCCUUUUUCUUUGGAGAUAUAUUUGGUCAAAUCGACACUUGGGUUUGCUUGCCGAUAGGCUCUUCUAUACGUUUUUUCUGGCCACUGAAAUCAGCCGUUCUUUGUAAAGUUUAUAGGCAAUUGUGUGGUGGCGUUCAUUUACCAGAAAUCAAGGAUUUGCUGUUCAUUGUUUCUGGCAUGGGAUCAAAACUAGAGCAUGCCCAUAUUUCUACUAGCAACAAACUCAUAUUUCUCGGCAUUGGAUGAUCGCUUUAUGGAAUAACAGGUUUCGUUAUCAUCAGAGAGUCACCCAACUACCCUUAUUGUGUAUCAUUAGCUUUGGAUUGAAAAAAUAAGAUGCUCGAAAACCACCAUCUAGAAUUCAUAAAACAGACAAUGUUGAAGCAUGAAGAUACUUUUAGACAUCAGGUACGGGAGCUUCAUCGAUUAUAUAACGUUCAAAAGAGUCUGAUGGGAACCUUCAGAAACGAUAUUAGAAGAAAUCCUGAAUGCCAACGGGCUACUUUGGAUAUUAACAGUCUUGAUAAAAGAGUAGGGUUUGAUCUUUCAAGAUCUGCCAUGGAAGAUACGUCAUGUGGAGAUAGUAGUGGCAUUCACGAUGACAAAACAGGGCCUAACGAUGUAGAACUGACGUUAAGUAUCGGGCCUAGCGCAAACGUCUACAUUCCAGGAAGGAAAGACAAAGGGGGCACGUAUUUUGGAUUCGUCAAAUUUGAAGGGGUGAAGAACAUUGGUGAACUGGAAAGAUCCAUGCAAAAGGUGAAAUGUGGGCACAGUAUCCUCAAGGUGAACAUCUCUAAAUAUGGAAAGCAAGACAAAGCGAAGUCAGAGGCUCCGAGAGAAAGAAGUAAGCAUCACGGGGUUCAUUCCCAACCCACCUCGUUUAAGACAAGACAAUAUGCUCCGGUAGUUAACCAGAAUGGCAGAUCCUACGCAGAGGUGGUGGGUUCUAAGUUACAUACUGAUACUCAAGCACCUAUCAUUGUGGCCCUCAAGCAUGUCCCGACCAUGGCUGCUUGGAACGACUACGCUCUGUUGGGAGAAGUAACAAACCUCCAUCUUCUUAUGGAGUUGCCGAAACUCAUACAGGCUAAAGUGGGUGUUGUCGAGUAUGAUUACAAUUGGCACCCUUUCUUUCACAACUCUGCAACACCACAAAUGGAUUAUGAUUCAGAUGAGGAAGAGGAAGUAUUUAAGAAUGUCGGAAUCAAUGAUGAUGAUGCCAAUUCAAUCACUGAGUCUGAUGAGGAUGGGAUAUCGGACACCUGGGAUAAGAAGCAAACAUAA